GUCUAGUAACGGUAUUUUCUAACUCUUUUCACUUCAAACUCCAAGGGGCAAAGUCGGGAAGAAGAAGGGGAAAAAAAAAGAGGUUAGUGUAUACAACCGUUGGAAAUGAAGAAAUCCCUCAUCUUCUCAUUCUCUCAUCCUCUAAUCUUCUCAUCCUCUCUUCAUCCAUUGAAAUGACAGAACAAAAAUACCAACAAUUCCGAAAGGUCGACAACGACAGUAUUGAAAAAGUUUGUGUCAGAACUAAUUCCGUCUCUACAAGCAAUGGCGGCUCGGCGUAUUGUCUGUGGUUACAAGACAUUCGAGAGGUCUUUCCGGAUGCAGCGCGAUUCAAACUGGAUGGACAUCCCAUUCCAUUCCUUUUAGACGUUGAUGGCAACAAAAUCGAACCUCCACGCAUUGCAUUCUACCCUGACAAGAUCUUAGAUGUUAUUGCGGAAGUACCACAGAUCUGCAGCUGCAGCAGCAACAGCAAUAACAACAACAGCGCCAUCAUCACAUCAAGAAAUUCAACAAAUCUAUCCUCCUCUCAAGACCUUUUACCACUAUCAAGUCCGGCUCAAUCUUCCAACUCUUCUCUCGCUACCUGCAAUAAUGGACAAAGCGAAAUGAUAAGUCCUAGCCUUGAAAAGGCUAUGGAGUUGCUACAAGAGGUCAAAGGGAGGGGUGACGAAAUGCUUAAACUGCAAUCGGUGAUUUUUGAACUGCAAGCGGAAAUGCUUAAACUGCAAUUGGAGGCUAGAGAGAAGGAUGAAAUGAUCAUUAGUUUGCAACAUCAGGCUCUUGACACAAUUGCUACCCUUCAAAAGCAUGCUAAUGCUAUCCUUACCCAGAACUUUGAACUUCAUGAGUACCCAAUCCCUCGACUCUUUAUAAUUUUACCUGUCGACGCUGCCAAGUGGGAUCCAAUGAAUGUUUUGAGGAACAAGUUCCGUCUUCAUUUCCUCUGUGAAUGCGGUGAACACACUGUAAACACAAGCAAGAGCAGCCAUAACCAAAUCCAUAUUGCCAAACAUGACGGGUAUGAAAUUCAAGACAGCAGAGAGCUCUUUCACAAAUAUGGAAAGUACAUACUCAUCCUUUUACAAUGGCUUAAGCUGGGAAUGAGAACAUACUCAGCUGCUUCUCUAACACCAGCCUCAAAUCUGGUCGAUGCCGGUAUCAACUAUUCAAUCGACUAUAUGAAGGCACUCUCUACUGAAUAUCUAGCCUUGAACAAUAUAAACGCAAUCGACGACUAUGAAGGACUCGAAGGACCUGAUCUCCAACAACUGGGCACAUUCCUUCAAAUCAACAAAGAAAACAAGCAGCUAGGCAACUUGUACAGGAUCACGACCGAAACAGGCCAUGUUAAAUGGGUUUGUUUUGAACACUAUCGUUCAAUGUAUAAAGAAGUAGAGCAGAAAGUGUAUGCAAAUGCAGUGGAGAUGAAUGGAGGCAAAUACAACUCGCAUCUUGGUAAAGCAACUGUCAUACUGAGGUCCAGAACCAGAGCUGAAGAGUUCUUCGAUGUACUGGCAAAUGCAAGACGUGCAUACGAGUUGGAUAUCACAUUCGACUGGGAUUGGACCAAGACUGAUCUUGUGGAGCUUGAGGAGGCACUAAAGACCUCAAAUGUAUCAAUUCUUCGGCUUGACCUCGGAAAGUCUCAAGAAAGUAUAACCAAGAAAAUACUUUCAACAUCCACACGAUAUGAAAUCCUUGUUCGUAUCAUGGAAUUGAGCAACAUGAAGGUCAUCCACAUCGUUUUAUCCCCGGACCUCAUAAAGCUUUCUAGUUUACAGCCCAAAAAAUCAUCACACCUCCAUAAGCUGUCCCUUGAGAUGAAGCCUCAAAAGAUUGGGACUAGUGAAUUCCGUGUACUUGUAAAUUCACUCAAGACCAACACCAAUUUGAUCACUUUGGAUCUGGAUGGCAGUUCGGUCCGGAACGAAGGAGCCCUGGCACUAUCCGAGGCGCUCAAGGCUAACACGACUUUAACCACUUUAAGCUUGAGAAAGACUACAAUUGGGAGUAAAGGGGCUCUUGCGCUGUCAGAGGCACUCAAAGUCAACAUGGCUUUGACCACUUUGAACUUAGAGCACAACAUAAUUGGAGACGAAGGAGCUGUGGCACUGUCAGAGGCGCUCAAGGUCAACACUGCUUUGUCCACUUUGAGCCUGAAUGGCAGCUCAAUUGGGAAGGAUGGGGCUCUAGCGCUGUCAGAGGCACUCAAGGUUAACAAAGCUUUGGUCACUUUGGAAAUGAAGGAAAAUUCAAUGGGAAAAGAAGGAGUCGUUGCACUGUCAGAGGCGCUUAAGACUAAUACGACACUGACGACCUUGAACUUGGAGGCCAACUCAAUUGGAAAGGAAGGAGCCCUGGGACUGUCGGAGGCACUCAAAGUCAAUACAACCUUGACCAUUUUGAAAUUACAGCACAACUCAAUUGGGCCAGAAGGGGCUCUAGCACUGUCAGAGGCACUCAAGAUUAACACAGCUUUGAAUAUUUUGGAAAUGAAGAAGAAUUCAAUUGAAAACGAGGGAACUCUGGCGCUGUCCGAAGCACUCAAGACUAAUACGACAUUGACCACGUUGGACUUGGAGCAGAAUUUGAUUGGAGAUCCAGGAGUCCUUGCCUUGUCGGAGGCGCUUAAGGCUAACACGGCCUUGACUACUCUGAAUCUGAGGUGGAACUUAAUAGGAGAUGAAGGAACUCAGGCACUGUCAGAAGCACUCAGAGCUAACACAGCCCUGACCGCUUUGGGAUUGGGGUUCAACGCAAUUGGGAAGGAAGGAACUCUAGCAUUGUCAGAAGCACUCAAGACUAGUCCUACUUUGACAAGCUUGAACUUGUGGGGUAACGCAGUUGGAGAUGAAGGAGCUCAGGCACUGUCAGAGGCACUCAAGACCAACACGACGUUGACCACUUUGGUCUUGUAUUACAACGCGAUUGGGAAUGAGGGAGCUCAGGCAUUGUCAGAAGCACUCAAACUUAACACGACUCUGAUCAACUUGGAUUUGUGUUUCAACGAAAUUGGGGAUGCAGGAGCUCUUGCGCUGUCAGAGGCGCUCAAGACUAACACAGCCUUGACUAUCCUGAAAUUGAGGAGCAAUGCAGUUGGAAAUGAAGGAGCUCUUGCGCUGUCAGAGGCACUCAGGGCUAACACAACCUUGGCCAUUUUGGAAUUGGAGAGCAACAGGAUUGGAAAGGAAGGCGCUCUGGCACUAUCAGAAGCACUUAAGAUUAAUAAGGCUUUGCUCCUUCAUAAAUGAGUAUACCCUUAAUCAAUUACUAAAAAGCCCUGGCUACUCGACUUAUUAAACUGAGUAGCUCAGAUACGAAGCUUUGUUCAAAUAACAACUACUGUAGUAUAUAGAAACCUCUAUACAAGGGUAUCAUUAAUAUAAUU